GCGCUGCGGUGACAGUGAUCUGCGAGCGGCUCGGCUUCCAAUUUUGUCUCCUGCACCAAAGGACAGGACACACACUAGGAUCCCAGGCACCAUGUCCAAGCCUCUGUCAGACCAGGACAGGAGGAAACAGAUUUCAGUGAAGGGGCUCGCUGGUGUUGAGAAUGUUGCAGAUCUCAAGACCAAUUUUAAUCGCCAUCUCCACUUUACUCUGGUGAAGGACAGAAAUGUGGCCACCAAGCGGGAUUACUACUUCGCCCUGGCCAACACGGUUCGGGACCACUUGGUGGGCAGGUGGAUCAGAACACAGCAACACUACUAUGAGAAAGACCCCAAACGUGUGUACUACCUCUCGCUGGAGUUCUACAUGGGCCGUACUCUGCAGAACACCAUGGUGAAUUUGGCCUUGGAGAACGCUUGUGAUGAGGCAGUGUACCAGCUGGGUUUGGACAUGGAGGAGCUGGAGGACAUCGAGGAGGACGCCGGACUGGGGAAUGGAGGCCUGGGCCGUCUCGCUGCAUGCUUCUUGGAUUCCAUGGCUAGUCUUGGUUUGGCUGCCUAUGGCUAUGGCAUUCGUUAUGAGUUUGGCAUCUUCAACCAGAAAAUUGUUAAUGGCUGGCAGGUGGAAGAAGCUGAUGACUGGCUGCGCUAUGGCAAUCCAUGGGAGAAAGCCCGCCCCGAAUACAUGCGUCCAGUGCACUUCUACGGCAGGACAGAGCACCACCCAGAUGGAGUCAAAUGGGUAGAUACUCAGGUGGUCUUGGCCCUGCCAUACGACACUCCUGUGCCUGGCUACAGAAACAACAUUGUAAACACGAUGAGGCUGUGGUCUGCCAAGGCCCCAUGCGAGUUCAACCUGAAAGACUUCAACAUUGGUGGGUACAUCCAGGCUGUUCUGGACAGGAACCUGGCUGAGAACAUCUCUAGAGUGCUGUAUCCCAAUGACAACUUCUUUGAGGGGAAGGAGCUGCGUCUGAAGCAGGAGUAUUUCGUGGUGGCCGCCACGCUCCAGGACAUCGUCCGCCGCUUUAAGGCCUCUAAGUUCGGCUCCAGAGAGAUCGUGCGCACCGACUUCACCUUCCUCCCUGACAAGGUGGCCAUCCAACUGAAUGACACCCACCCUGCUCUUGCAAUUCCUGAGCUGAUGAGGGUCCUGGUUGAUGAUGAAAAGCUGUCAUGGGAAAAAGCCUGGGAUAUUACAGUCAAAACCUGCGCCUACACUAACCACACUGUGCUGCCCGAGGCUCUGGAGCGCUGGCCUAUCGACCUGUUCCAGAACCUGCUGCCACGUCACCUCGAGAUCAUCUACGAGAUCAACCGUCGCCAUAUGGAGCGUGUGGCUUCACUGUAUCCUGGAGAUAAUGACCGCCUGCGCCGCAUGUCCCUAAUUGAAGAGGGAGGAGUAAAGAGAGUGAACAUGGCUCAUAUGUGCAUUGUUGGCUCCCAUGCUGUCAACGGUGUUGCACGCAUUCACUCAGAUAUCCUCAAAGCUACUGUGUUUAAGGAUUUCUAUGAGAUGGACCCACACAAGUUCCAGAAUAAAACAAAUGGCAUCACCCCCCGACGCUGGCUGGUCAUGUGCAACCCUGGUCUGGCUGAAGUCAUUGCAGAGAAAAUUGGAGAGGAUUUCAUCCGAGACCUGGACCAGCUGAAGAAACUGCUGAAUUUUGUUAAUGACGAUGCUUUCAUUCGUGAUGUUGCCAAAGUCAAACAGGAGAACAAACUGAAGUUUGCCACACAUCUGGAGGAGCACUAUAAGGUGAAGAUCAACCCCAACUCCAUGUUUGACAUCCAGGUCAAGAGAAUCCAUGAAUACAAGAGACAGCUGCUCAACUGCCUGCACAUUAUCACUUUCUAUAACCGCAUUAAGAAGGAGCCCAACAAACAAUGGACUCCCAGAACCAUCAUGAUUGGUGGAAAGGCCGCCCCAGGCUACCACACUGCUAAGAUGAUCAUUCGUCUGAUCACUGCUAUUGGCGAAGUGGUGAACAAUGACCCAGUGGUGGGCGAUCGCCUUAAAGUCAUCUUCCUGGAGAACUACAGAGUCACUCUGGCUGAAAAAGCUGUCCCUGCAGCAGACCUGUCAGAGCAGAUCUCUACAGCCGGUACGGAAGCUUCCGGAACAGGCAACAUGAAGUUCAUGCUGAACGGCGCUCUGACCAUCGGCACCAUGGACGGAGCCAACGUGGAGAUGGCGGAGGAGGCCGGAGAGGGCAACCUCUUCAUCUUUGGAAUGAGGGUUGAAGAUGUGGAGGCCAUGGACAAGAAAGGAUACAACGCAUCUGAGUACUACAACCGUAUCCCAGAGCUAAAGCAGGCCAUGGACCAGAUCGCCGGAGGCUUCUUCAGUCCCAAGCAGCCUGACCUCUUCAAGGACAUCGUUAAUAUGCUAAUGCACCAUGACAGGUUUAAGGUCUUUGCAGAUUAUGAAGACUACAUCAAAUGCCAGGAGAAAGUCAGUGCUCUUUACAAGAAACCCAAAGAAUGGACCAAGAAGGUGAUCUACAACAUCGCUGGUUCCGGCAAGUUCUCCAGUGACCGCACCAUUUCUCAGUAUGCGCGUGAGAUCUGGGGCGUGGAGCCCAGUCUGGAGAAGAUUGCAGCUCCUGACGACCCAAAAUAAACCACACAGUGCACUCUAGCCCAGUUUUGACCCCAAUGCUACAUGAUUUGUUAGGAGCAAAGCAAUUCUAGAUCUAGAAAUAUUCAGCACUAAACUUAUGCUUAUUGUUAUUGGUCUAUUUCACCUUUUCUAACUCUAAUGUGUCAACAGCUCAUCCGUCAGCUCCCGCAGCAGAAACGCUGCCAUCAAACACUGUCUGUCAAUCUUCAAUCUGUCAUCAAACUCUUCUCAAAGAUCAAUGAGUUAAAUGACCUUCAUCAAUGUUCAACUCAUAUGCCUUAUCCCUUUCCUUGUUGCGUCACAUGGCGGUACCAGAAUGGCGUCCACUGACGAUGUCGUUUCUGCUGCGUCAGUGCGACCGGUUUUCAUAGUUUGCUCUCAAAUUGAGUUGGAGAUAGCUUCAGAGGCAAUGCUCUAGGUAGGGUUUGUCAGUAUGCACAGAGCAAGUCUGUGUUAACUGCUGUUGUUUUGCAGCUAAUUCAGACUUUUGUUUUUCAACUGGAAUAUCAUUUUUAUAAUAGGAAAACAGUCAGGAAACACAUCAGUAAAAUCCUAUAUAUUAGUUUUGGAAAGAGAUUUAAACUUAAGUAUUUUACAUACAUUCUCUUUAAGCUAAGUCAAACAACUCUUAAUAAAGUCUUCAAAAAUGUCAUUUUUAUCAGUGAUGUUUUGUCAAAGCACUACUACACUGUUAACAAUAAAAGUAUGUAAACACA